AUCCAUCGAGCGCCUUGCAACAACUGGUCGCAUUUCGUUAUAACCAAACAUCAUCGACAGCGCUGUCAAGUCUUCUGGUGGCCCCAAACACACAGAUUACAAUGAAUAACACAGCAGGAUCAUUGCAUGAAGGAUUUCCAUCAAGCUCAACAGAUGGAGCUGUUAUUGAGCCAAUCGUCACAACUCUUCCAUUACCCAGUUUAAACUCGACUUCCGGAGCGACAGCCAAUCAAAACCUGGAACAACGAUCUCCAGUUGGAACACCCCCAAACAGCAGCUCUCCUACAGCACCUUCCAUGAACUUGACUAUAGCUGUUAGCACGUAG